AUGCCAAAACCUUAUGAUAAAGUCCUCACUUUCUGGUUUGGCCAGCAAGGCUCCCGAGAGUAUCUUCAACAAAGGUCAUUUUGGUACGGAAGUCCCUCCGACGACGCCUAUGUUCGCAAGCACCUCGGAUCCGACUACGAAGCCGCCAAAACAGGGGCUCUCGACGGCUGGAAGUUGGACGGCCAGGGCGAGGGCGCACUAGCCCUAAUUCUUCUCCUAGACCAAGUCCCCCGGAAUAUCUUUCGCGACACCCCACAAGCAUAUGCCACGGACUCCAAGGCAGUUGCUGUAGCCCGAUAUGCCGUGGACCAGGGUUGGGACAAGAACAUGCCUGCGAUCCAACGUCGAUACAUGUAUUCGCCGUUCAAUCAUUCCGAGGACUUGAAAGAUCAGGAGAUGUCGCUGAGGUUAUUUACGGAGUUGGGGGAUAGUUAUCAUUUGCAUUGGGCAAGGAACUUCCACGAUCAGAUCAAGCGGGAUGGGAGGUUUGUGCAUCGUGAUCGGAUCUUAGGGCGAUAG